AUGGAUCCAACUCCAGAAUGGCAUCUGGCGCUGUCUGCGGAAGAUCUGGAUCAGUGGGCUGUGGGGCAACAUCGGAAGGCCUGUUCAAUGCACGCAGAGUUGCGCCAUGGCGCGCUCUACGUGCGGAUAGACCUGACAGGCGGUCCACUUCCUUCGGAUGGUUUUGCUGCAGCGGAUGUCCAUCUACCGGUACAUGCAGCGUCCUCCCUCAGCGUUUGGCUCGGCCCUGAUCAUCAGGACGUGGGUGAGGUGGCUGCUGCACCAUCCGCGACUACUGGCCAGGGCUCGGACUACGUCUCCGAUGAGUUCUUGUUCUGA